AUGGGGAGCGAGCCAAUUGCCAUAAUCGGACUGAGUUGCAAGUUUGCAGGGGAUGCAACAAGUCCAGCAAAACUUUGGACGUUGCUCGAAGAAGGACGGAGUGCAUGGAGCGAGAUUCCGUCGUCACGAUUCAAUCCCAAGGGGGCCUAUCAUCCAAGCCGCGAGAAGCUGAGCACUUCACACAUCCGCGGCGGGCACUUUUUGGAGGAGGAUCUAGCGCUAUUUGACGCUGCCUUCUUUAACUUUUCUGCAGAGACUGCCUCAACGUUAGAUCCUCAAUUCCGGCUUCAACUAGAGUCGGUCUACGAGGCACUAGAGAAUGCCGGCCUUCCACUAUCACAAGUUGCAGGAUCCAACACCUCUGUCUUUGCUGGCACAUUCUUUCAUGACUACAGGGAUGCCUUGAUCCGUGAUGAGGAUAACCUGCCGAGAUCCUUUAUCACGGGCAUUGGCUCUGCCAUGGCAUCCAACCGCAUAUCCCACUUUUUUGACCUUCGAGGGGCCAGCAUGACGAUUGAUACUGGAUGCUCAACGACGCUUGUGGCUCUUCACCAAGCGGUGGAGAACUUAAGAAGCAGAGGGAGUGAGAUGAGUAUCGUGGGCGGCGCCAAUGUGCUAUUGAACCCCGACAAUUUUAAAGCCUUGGGAUCCUUCGGCUUUCUCUCACCUGACGGUAAAUGCUUCGCCUUUGAUGAACGUGCCAACGGCUACGGACGCGGGGAGGGUGUGGCCACCAUCGUUAUCAAGCGCCUCGAGGAUGCGCUCGCGGCCGGCGACCCAAUCCGUGCCAUCAUCCGGGAGUCGGUCCUGAAUCAAGAUGGCAAAACUGAAAGCCUCACGUCGCCCAGCCAGGCAGCUCAAGAAGCUCUCAUGCGAGGCUGCUAUGCCAAAGCUGGCCUUGAACCGCUCCAGACGCAGUACUUUGAGGCCCACGGCACGGGUACUGCCACUGGUGAUCCAAUCGAGGCGGGUGCUAUCGCGUCCGUCUUUCAGAGUCAUAGACGGAGGGAGGAGGAGGCGCUACGCAUUGGCUCCGUCAAGACGAACAUUGGCCAUACCGAGGCUACGAGCGGACUGGCUAGUGUUAUUAAGGUCGUGCUGGCUAUGGAGAAAGGCGUGCUUCCACCCUCGAUCAACUUCGAGAAGCCCAAUCCGCAGCUGGCCUUGGAUGACUGGCGACUCAAGGUGGUUACCGAGUUGGAGAAGUGGCCAGUGGCUCCUGGCCAGAAGAUGCGAGCGUCGGUGAACAAUUUCGGCUACGGAGGCUCCAACGCCCACAUCAUUAUGGAAGAUGCCAACGGAUGCUCACAGAACCGCUCUGUCAAUGGGAACGUCAAUGGCGAGGUUAAUGGAAACACCAACGGUGUUGGCGCCCAUGCCGCUGGGACCGCUGGCGACAAGUAUAAGCUUCUGCUCGUCAGCGCCAAAGACGAGCAUGCGCACGAGAACAUGGUCGCCAGACUCGCGGACUUCCUUCGUCAGAAGGAACAACAUGGUCCACAGGACACUGAGACUCUUCUUCAGAGCUUGGCCUACACUUUGGGCCAGCGUCGCACCAUGUUCCCCUGGGUGGCGGCGUACCCCGUCCCCAUAACUCAAGGUCUUGACGGCGUCGCUAAGAUACUGGAAACGCCCAAGUUUAGACCGUCGCGCCCCUCCCAACGCCCACGUAUCGGCAUGGUCUUCACCGGCCAAGGGGCGCAAUGGUACGCCAUGGGUAGAGAAUUGAUCACAACCUACCCUGUGUUCAAAGCGUCUCUCGAGGAAGCCGAUGGCUUUCUGCGAGACCUUGGCGCCGACUGGUCGCUAAUGGAGGAGCUUGGCCGUGAUGCCAAAACAAGCAAGGUCAACCAGACGGCCUUCAGCAUCCCCAUCUGUGCCGCGGUGCAGAUCUCGCUGGUCCGGGUAUUGGAGACCUGGGGAGUUACCCCGUCAGCUGUGACAAGCCACUCCAGCGGAGAGAUUGCCGCAGCAUAUACGGUAGGCGCUAUCAGCCUCCGCCUCGCCAUGGGGAUCGCGUACUAUAGGAGCAGACUAGCCGCCGAAAUGACCCUGGAUGGGCCUAUCAAGGGCGGCAUGCUGGCGGUUGGCCUUGGUCAUGGGGACGUGGAAAAAUAUCUAGAGCGGCUGACUUGCGAUGCUCGAGCUGUGGUGGCCUGCAUCAACAGCCCGUCUAGCACGACGGUGGCGGGCGACAUUGCGGCGAUCGAGGAACUCGAGACGUUGCUCAAAGCUGAGGGCCUGUUUGCUCGCCGGCUUCGAGUAGACACUGCGUACCACUCCCACCACAUGGAGCCCGUUGCGGAGGACUACCGCCAGGCGCUCCGCAAGAUGCCGAAGGAAGAACCAAAGACUAAGUGUCUAGGGCCCAUCGCUUUUGCAUCCCCCGUCACUGGCUACCGCAUGACCAGCACCGGAGCAAUCGCCGACCCGGAACACUGGGUCGGCAGUCUAAUGCAGCCCGUCCAGUUCGUUGACGCAUUCAUCGAGAUGGUCCAUGGCGACUUGUCUGCCGACGCAGCUAGCCAAAGCGUCGAUAUCAUUGUCGAGAUUGGCCCACACACCGCUCUCGGAGGCCCCAUUCAGGAGAUUCUCACCCUGGAGGACUUUGAGGGAAUCCGGCUGCCGUACUAUGGUAGUCUCGUGCGGCACGCUCACGCGGUCGAGUGCCUCCAGACACUGGCGUCGAACUUGCUCAGGGAAGGCUAUCCGCUCGACAUCGAAGCCGUCAACUUCCCCCAAGGGAGGAGCCAGGACGUGCGCGUCUUGACCGACCUCCCGUCGUAUCCCUGGAACCAUCAAACAAGACACUGGCUUGAACCGCGGUUCAAUCUGGGCCUUCGCCAGAGGGAUCAUCGUCCACAUGAGCUCCUCGGCUCGCUGGUCCCGGGAACCAACCCUGAAGCACCGGUGUGGAGACACAUCCUGCGUGCUACCGAGUCACCUUGGGUUCAAGACCACGUCAUCCAGUCCAAGAUGCUCUAUCCCGGCUGUGGGUUUAUCUGCUUGGCUAUCGAGGCCGCCACGCAACAGCUGGCCAUCGCCGAAGAACAGGAGGGCCGUGAGGUAUCUGGUUACCGGAUUCGAGACAUGAGCGUGCAGCAGGCACUCGUCAUUCCAGAUACCGCUGAAGGCAUUGAAAUUCAAACGGCUCUCCGUCCGGUCAGUGACAAGGCCGUUGGCUUGCGAGGCUGGAAGGAGUUCGAGGUCCUUUCCAUCACUCCAGAGAACAGAUGGAUGCGACAUGCACAGGGUCUUGUUAUGGUUGAGUUCGACAACGUUCAAAACGGCGUCUCCUCUUUGGACCAAGAAAUACAACAUGCACGACUGAUCGAUGCCAUUGAUAUGUGGAGUACCCUGGAAUCUCUCGGCAUCAAGUACGGUCUGACGUUCAGGAACAUUAGCGACAUCCGCCAGUCGAAGAAAGAGCUUCGAUCAACAAGCACCAUCACUGUGCCUGAUACAUCUGUGCCCAACGAUCUACCUCGCAACCACAUCAUCCACCCUGCCACGCUCGACGCCGUCGCGCAAGCCGCCUUUACCGCUCUUCCCGGCGCUGCUUUCCACCAAGAGAGCCCUCGAGUUUUCCAGUCAAUCGAAAGACUCUGGGUCUCGAGUAAAAUCAACCGUGAGGCAGGCCAGGCGUUCCAAUGUCACACGAAACUCGACUAUGCAGAUGUACAAGGCAUAAGGGCGGGAGUUGUACUUGUUGACCAAGACAGACCUGUGGUUGAGGUGCAUGGGCUUCAGCUACGCUCACUGGGUGGGAGUGGGACACAGUCUGUGCAAGGAGGACUCUGUGCCAGAGUGGCUUGGGAGCGCGAUCUUGGUUUGAAUCUUCACUCAGGCUUCGCCUUGCACACGGGUGAAGAUGAGAAUCUCCGAAGACUUUCCCUCUAUUUUAUGGAAGAUGCUCUAGCCGACAUCUCUCCACUCGAAGCGGAUAAGCUUCAGGGCCAUUACCGCGCAUUCUACGCCUGGAUGAAGGACAAACUGCAGUUUGCCACGCCAGAUGCUAUACGGCCAGAUCGAGCACUUCUCACCCAGCGCGUGGCAGAAGCGAGCCCCAGGGGAGAGAUGUUGUGCCGCGUGGGCCCAUGUCUAGCGGCCAUCCUCCGCAGCCAGAGGGCGCCCCAAGAUCUCAUGGACGAAGGUGGCCUCCUCGAGAAGUGGUCCUCAAACCACGAUGAUGGCGUUUCGCAAGGAGCCGCACUGCUCCGCCAAAUCGUACACAAGCAGCCUCGUGCACGGGUCCUCGAGAUUGGCGCCCGACUAGACGUCACGACACGCGCCAUGCUAGAAGCACUAGGUCCGCUUGGCUCUUUGUAUCACUUUACCAACGCCUCGGAUGAUGACUUUAAGCACGCCGAACAGGAGCUAGCCGCGUGGGGUGAUAUCCUUAUGUUCGACACGCUCGACGUUGCCAAAGAGCCAUCCUCGCAGGGAUUCGAGCUGGGCAACUACGACGUUGUGAUUGCAUCUGGGAUCGUGCAACCGUCGACCCAAACUUUGGCAAACGUGCAGGCCCUCAUAAAGCCGGGUGGUAAGCUGUUGAUGGUCCAGGCGCCUCGCUACGAGCUCGAUAGACAGCUUGUGCUUCGUCUCCUCCCCGAGUGGUGGGAUGCCAAGGGUAAUGAUCCAAAUCCAUCCUUGGAGGUUGUCUCGUGGGAUCAGCUUCUCAAAGAUGCGGGCUUUAGUGGCGUCGACGUUGCCGUAUCCAGCGCGAUUAUAUCAGUAGUGCCGCCGAUUGAUUCGGCCCGGCCGCCUCGCUCCGACGAUAUCAUCCUCGUCACCAGUAACAAGACAGGCGGUCCUCCACCACAAUGGCUUGAGGGCCUGCGGCAUUUCAUCUCCACAUUGGAGCCUGACACGGCUCCUUCCCCUCUGCCCGACGUAUACGUUCUCGAGUCUGCUUCGGCAGCAUUAUAUACUGGAAAGAUCUGCGUCUUCCUGGGCGAAAUCAACCAGCCCAUGCUCCGGGACAUGGACGCCACGGUCUUUGAAGCCAUUAAAGCUAUGACCACCAAGUGCAAAGGCCUGCUUUGGGUGACGCGUGGCGGCUCCGUCGACUGUGAAAAGCCAGACCUCGGUCUUGCGGCAGGAUUCCUUCGUGCCGCAAGGAGCGAGUAUCUUGGUCGGUCGUAUGUCACACUGGAUCUCGACCCCUCUGCAUCUCCCUGGUCGGAGGAUGACGUCCAAGCAAUCGUGCAAGUCUUGAAAGUGGGUUUCGACGGUUCCUCACUGGGCGAGUUUGAGUACGCCAUGCGAGACGGCGUGUUUAAGAUACCCCGUGUCCUCAACGAUACGUCCCGUAAUCGUCUUGUCUCACCCGCCGAUGCUGCAGCCACCGACGCCGUCACACUGGUGCCGCUACGCCAAGCAGACCGAGCUUUGAGCUUGCAGGUUGGUGUUCCCGGCAGGCUUGACACUCUCUCUUUUACGGAAGAUGCGUCCCUUUCCGAUACCUGUGAGCUGUCUCCUGAAAUGGUCGAGAUCGAGCCUCGUGCCUACGGCAUCAACGCGCGCGAUGUCAUGGUCGCCACCGGCCAGCUACGGGACGAGUCCAUGGGGCUCGAGUGCGCUGGCAUCAUCACCCGUGUGGGCACUGAAGCCGCCGCGCAAGGCUAUACCAUCGGUGAUAACGUCUUCGGUCUCCUGCCGCGCGGACAGUUUGGCAGCAUCGCGCGCACGCCCUGGACAAGUAUCAUGCAGAUGCUUCCGGGCCUUAGCUUUGAGGAGGCUGCUUCUCUCCCUAUGGCUUACUGUACCGCGUAUAUCUGCCUUACAGGCCUUGCGCACCUGCAGCGCGAGCAGACGGUUCUCAUCCAUGCGGCUGCAGGAAGUGUGGGACAGGCGGCUAUCAUGAUAGCGCGUCAUGUAGGCGCGGAGGUCUUUGUUACUGUCGGGACUCCUGAGAAACGCGAGUUGAUGAUAAACAGAUAUGGUAUCCCGGAAGAUCACCUCUUCAGCAGUCGAGAUACGUCGUUUGGGGCAGGCGUGCUUAGCGCUACCCAUGGCCGCGGCAUCGACGUCGUCCUUAACUCCCUAUCUGGAUCACUUCUCCAAGAGAGUUUCAAUGUACUCGCUCCGUUUGGUCAUCUUGUCGAAAUCGGCCAACGCGACCUUGAUGCCAAUAGCUAUCUGGCGAUGCGGCCCUUCAAUCACCCUGCGUCCUUCUCAUCGUUUUCGCUGCUUGCUCUGGCCCAACACAAUCCGCGUCAGUUGCAUCGCGCCAUGGUCGAAAUCACCCAGCUCGUUGGAGAGCACAAGCUUUCGCCGGUCCAUCCCCUCACAUCCUACCCCAUGAGGGACGUUUCAGAAGCGUUCCGUCAUCUGCAGACAGAGAGCCACGUCGGCAAAGCCGUGUUGUCUAUUGGAUCAGACGUCAUGGUCCCGAUGCUGCGACAAUCGCCGACUCCAAAGUUCUCGCCGGAUGCGUCCUACCUCCUGGUUGGUGGUGUGGGUGGUAUUGGUUGCUCUAUUGCGCGUUGGAUGGCCGAUCAAGGGGCCAAGAAUGUCAUCAUCUUAUCAAGGAGUGCGGGCCGGAGUGAGCAAGCUGCUGCGCUCGUCGACGAACUCAGCCAGAUGGGCUGUCGGGUCAAGGCUGUGAGCUGUAAUGUCUCAAGCGGAAGUGGCCUUGCAGAUUCGCUGCGCCAAUGUCAAGAAGACGGUCUACCACCUAUUCGCGGUGUCAUACAAGGAGCAAUGGUUCUGAAGGAUACACUCCUGGAGCGAAUGACGCUUGUUGAUUACCAAACCGCCAUCCACCCCAAAGUCCAUGGCACAUGGAACCUACACACCCAGUUCGCGCAGACAGACUCUCUGGACUUCUUCGUGAUGCUCUCUUCAGCUGUUGCUGUCGCCGGUAAUGCCAGCCAGGCCAACUACGCUGCGGGAGGGUCGUACCAAGAUGCAUUGGCUCGCUGGCGGGUGUCGCAAGGUCUGCCUGGCGUCUCUAUCAAUCUUGGAGCCGUCAAGGGCAUCGGCGUCGCUGCCAAUACAGGUGUGUUGGGUCACUUGCAGAGAGUGGGUUACUCGCCCAUCAACGAGGAGCAGGUCCUCUCGAUACUCGGUACCACCAUUCUCCAUCCGUAUGAUCCGCAGGUUGUGGUCGGGCUAGACUCUCGCCCAGGCUCCCAUUGGGAUGCCAAGGGCGAGUCCCAGCUCGGGCGCGAUAUGCGGUUUGCUGCCCUUAAGCCCCUUGAGACCGACGGUGCAGGGGGAACGAACCCGACAGGAAGCUCCAACUCACUCGCCAGCAAGCUCGCCACGGCCAAGUCACUGGAACAAGCUGUCGACCAUGUUGGCGCAGCUAUUGCGGAGAAGAUCUCAGACAUCUUCAUGAUCCCUCUCGACGAUAUCGACUUGGCCAACAAGCCGGCACAGUAUGGGAUCGACUCUCUUGUUGCAGUUGAGCUCCGAAAUAUGCUCGUUCAGCAAGCUGCGGCCGAGGUGUCUAUCUUUGAUAUUUUGCAGAGCGUCUCAUUAGCUGCGCUGGCGGCCGCUAUUGCUGCUAAAAGCGCAUAUAUCAGCGAGUAG